CUGCCACGCGCCGCUCGGGCGUCCCAGCGCCAGGCUCCGUCCCUCCCCUCCUAUGCUGCCGGCCAAUGGCCGCCGGCCGUCGCGGCCCGAGGCUGCUAUUGGAGGAGGCGGCCGGGUCGGCGGUUGAAGCGGGGUCGGGGACCCGCCGCUUGCGAUCACAUCUCUCCGCUGGUAUCUGUCUGCUCGGCGCUCGGCCACCAUGGCUGUGCUGGCGGCGCUUCUGCGUGGUGGCGCCCGUGGGCGCAGCCUCCUGCUUCGGAGGCAGAUGCAGGAAAUAAGAUAUGUGGAACGAAGUUAUGUAUCAAAACCCACUUUGAAUGAAGUGGUCAUAGUAAGUGCUGCAAGAACACCCAUUGGAUCCUUUCUAGGCAGCCUUUCCUCUCUGCCAGCCACUAAACUUGGUUCCAUUGCAAUUCAGGGAGCCAUUGAAAAGGCAGGGAUUCCAAAAGAAGAAGUGAAAGAAGCAUACAUGGGUAAUGUUCUACAAGGAGGUGAAGGACAAGCCCCUACAAGGCAAGCAGUACUGGGUGCAGGCUUACCUAUUUCUACUCCAUGUACCACUGUAAACAAAGUUUGUGCCUCAGGAAUGAAAGCCAUCAUGAUGGCCUCUCAGAAUCUUAUGUGUGGACAUCAGGAUGUGAUGGUGGCAGGUGGGAUGGAGAGCAUGUCCAAUGUUCCCUAUGUAAUGAACAGAGGAGCAACACCAUAUGGUGGCAUAAAGCUUGAAGAUUUGAUUGUAAAAGAUGGGCUAACUGAUGUCUACAAUAAAAUUCAUAUGGGCAACUGUGCUGAAAAUACUGCAAAGAAGCUGAAUAUUGCACGAGAUGAACAGGAUACUUAUGCUAUUAACUCCUAUACCAGAAGUAAAGCAGCAUGGGAAGCUGGAAAAUUUGGAAAUGAAGUUGUUCCUGUCACAAUUACAGUAAAAGGUAAACCAGAUGUAGUGGUGAAAGAAGAUGAAGAAUAUAAACGUGUUGAUUUUAGUAGAGUUCCAAAGCUGAAGACGGUUUUCCAAAAAGAAAAUGGUACAGUAACAGCUGCCAAUGCCAGCACACUGAAUGAUGGAGCAGCUGCUAUGGUUCUGAUGACUGCAGAUGCAGCCAAGAGGCUCAGUGUUAAACCACUGGCAAGAAUAGCAGCAUUUGCUGAUGCUGCUGUAGAACCUAUUGAUUUUCCAGUUGCACCUGCAUAUGCUGUACCUAAGGUUCUUAAAGAUGCAGGAUUGAAAAAAGAAGAUAUUACAAUGUGGGAAAUAAACGAAGCCUUUAGUGUGGUCGUACUAGCAAACAUUAAAAUGCUAGAGAUUGAUCCCCAAAAAGUGAAUAUCAAUGGAGGAGCUGUUUCUCUUGGACAUCCAAUUGGGAUGUCUGGAGCCAGGAUUGUCGUCCAUUUGGCUCAUGCCUUGAAGCAAGGAGAAUAUGGUCUUGCCAGUAUUUGCAACGGAGGAGGAGGUGCUUCUGCCAUGCUGAUCCAAAAGCUGUAGACAACUUCUGUUGUCUAAGGCAACAACCCUAUGUAGCCAGAAAGGCCUGCUGUAAUCAGGGUGACUGAUUACCCUGGGUCAGCUUGUAUGAAAAUAAUCUGUUUCACUUUUUAUUAUUUUCAACUCUUUUUAAAAAAAUAAGAUAAAAAAUCAAAUCCCCAAACCUUUUGAGAUUACACAGUAAUUUUUUCUUCUAAUUUACAUUGUUUCUAAUCUUGAGCACAUUUUUGUUAUAAGGCUGUACUGUUUAAAAUACCACUGUGCAAUAUUAGUGACUUAUAAGUAGCUAGAAGCUUCCAUUUUAGAGAAUAAAUCUUAAUUUACAUUUUUGA